AAAAACCCGGCCCAAUCUCCGAUUCUAAUAUCAAACACAUUUCUGAUUUCGCAGUCUGCAAGUAAAUUCACGCCCUCCCUCCCUCCCUUCCUCCCUCCCUCCCUCUCUCUCCCCAAAAUGGAGCCGUGCGUCGACGACCUAGCCGACGAUCUGCAGAGCCUCAGCUUCACCUCCACGUCAACCACGACCACUACCACCAUCAAUCGCAGUACCAGUUCCAGCUCCGGCUCUGGUUCCUCCCUCGCUCCCUCCGCUCACGGUUCUUUCUCCUCCAAGCCAAUCCGCUCCCUCUCCCUCUCCGACCUCCGAUUUUCCCUCCGCCUAGGUUCUGGCGACAUCGGCUCAGUCUAUUUGGCAGAGAUAAAGUCACCGUCAGCCGAGAAGGUCGACAAUGGCGGCCAGAGCAAGAGUUUUCUUAGAAACAACGGCAUUCUUUUCGCUGCUAAAGUGAUGGAUAAGAAAGAGCUAGCUUCCAGGAGCAAAGAAGGCAGGGCAAAGACCGAGAGGGAAAUACUGGAGCAGUUAGACCAUCCUUUCCUGCCUUCACUUUAUGCGGCUAUCGAUUCUCCCAAGUGGCUUUGUUUAUUGACAGAGUUCUGUCCAGGCGGCGACCUCCACGUUCUCCGGCAACGCCAACCUUUCAAACGUUUCGCCGAAUCCGCCGUGAGGUUCUAUGCAUCGGAGGUUGUGGUAGCUUUAGAGUACCUUCACAUGCUGGGUAUUGUUUACCGUGAUCUAAAGCCCGAAAACGUGCUUGUAAGAUCAGACGGUCACAUUAUGCUUACGGAUUUUGACCUCUCGCUAAAAUGCGAUGAUUCCAUGUCAACACCCCAGAUAAUUUCUGAUCGGAAUCCACUAGUUGCGCCUUCACAGAGUGACUACCUAGUCGAUCAACCUCGGUUCGCCUCCUCCUCGUGCAUUCUUCCAAAUUGCAUAGUCCCCGCCGUGUCAUGCUUCCACCCAAAACGCAAACGCAAGAAGAAGACAGGCCACCGUGGUGGGCCAGAGUUCGUGGCUGAGCCUAUUGAUGUCCGAUCUAUGUCAUUUGUUGGGACCCAUGAGUACCUGGCGCCGGAGAUUGUGUCCGGGGAAGGUCACGGUAGCCCUGUUGAUUGGUGGACAUUAGGGAUAUUUAUGUUCGAACUGUUUUAUGGGUUUACACCCUUCAAGGGACUUGAUCAUGAGCUAACCUUAGCCAAUAUUGUGGCUCGAGCCCUCGAAUUCCCCAAGGAACCCACAAUUCCUGCCGCAGCUAAGGACUUGAUCUCUCAACUCCUUGUUAAGGAUCCGGCAAGGCGACUAGGGUCCACAAUGGGCGCAUCAGCCAUCAGGCAUCACCCUUUUUUCCAUGGUGUCAAUUGGGCAUUGUUGAGAUGCACACCCCCACCAUAUGUUCCUCCACCAUUUAGUAGAGAAGCCGUCUCAGAUGAAAGUUGUCCUGAAACUCCUGUGGAAUAUUAUUAGUCAAGUGAUGAAGUGAACCCAAAAAAAAAAAAAAGUAAAUAAAAAAAAUCUCACGGCUUCAUAUUAUCAAUUUUGUUAAAUUUACGCUUAUUUGCUUUUACUGCCUGUAAAUAACAAUUAAGCGUGAAU